GACGAGAAAAAAAGAAAACCUGAAAAAAUCCAUCCCUUCCUCUCUCUCUCUCUCUCUCUCUCCUCAGUUUCGUGAGAAUCUUCAGAUCUCGCCGCGAUCCGCGUCCCGUACGGUCGCCGGCGCGUUCUCCGAUCGCGCCUCCCGUCUCGUGCCUCUUCUCCGUCAUGGGAUGUGUGUGGACUGGCUCCGACUCGGAAGCGCUUGUUGAGGGCGUGUCUGGGGUUGGAAUCGAGUAGUUUGUGCCCAGGGCAAGUGCGUCGCGGAUGAGAAUUUGUGGGUUUCGAGCGCUUUGCCUGUUGGUUUGACCUUUUCCGGCUUAUGAGAAGUGCAAACAGCGGAAUUAGAGACUAUCGUGUGCUGUACUGAGAGAGAUGUCUUUUCAGAAUCAGGGCUUUUGGACUGGAAAAGAUGCUAGUGGCUUAACAAACAGUGAGAUGGCUUACGAUAAUACUCCUAGAAUAGAAGCCAAGUGGUCGCAACAGUGGUUCAUGGAUGGCCCUGAGACUGAGCAUCCCAGCAAGAAACAGGCCAUAGAAGUUCCAAGCAACACUUCCUUUUUAGGACUGUUGAGCAUGAACUCAUCUCCAUGGGGCUUUUCUUCUGGUUUUCACACAGUUUCUGCCCCUGCCCAAUUUUCUGAGCAAGUACUUGAUACUGAAACUACUGGAGCUGUCAAGUAUAAUGAGAGAUGCACUCCAUCUAUUGGUGCGGAAAAAUUGAAUAUUGGGAGAAAAAUGGAUGAAGACCUUUAUCCUAGUAAUUCCUCAUUCGGCUUGUCAAUGUCUCAUGUGCCAGAAGUUCCUGGAUCAGGGCUUAAUUAUGGCGGUCUGAGAAAAGUUAAAGUGAACCAUGUUAAGGACUCUGACAAUGUGACUCCAUUAUCAAUGGGACAUGGCUACAAUAGGGUGGCUUCCGGUGCCAUGUUUGCAGCUCAAUCUUUCUGUAAGGAAGAAGAAGAUCCUGUUUCAACUGCUCUUGCUUCUGGUAUUGGAGAUGGCAACAUCAUAUCUUCAGCCACUAGUGACCUGGGUGAAAGCAACAGUGUCAUGUCAAUCGGGAAACUGUAUGAAAAUGAAGGUGAGAGUGCUGGACAGGCGUACAAAGGGCAUGGUGAUGCCAUGUCUAUUCAUGCAGAUAACAAUGUUUUGUCUAUGGGUCAAAGCUACAAGGCAGAUGAUUGUUCCAUGUCAAUGGGCCAUAUUUAUGGCAAAGGGCAUCACAUCUCUGUUCCAGCAGGUAACAUCUACAAUAAUGACGACAGCAGUAGUUUAUCCAUGUGUCACUCCUAUGGUUUAGGGCAAAGCACAAUCAUAUCCUUUGGCAGCCCUGACAAUGAUGAUGCGAAUUCCUCAAGGAGGCUUAUAUACAGUAACAAUUUGUUCUGUGGUCUGCCUUCUGUUCAAACGUCAGAUGCAGUCAAUAGCAAUCAGUUAAUUAAGUCAAAUGGCGAUAUUUUUCCUAGUUCUACUUCGGUUGUUGCCUCUGGAAUUGAAAAUUUAUCGCGGAAGAAAGAGGAGCAAAACACUUCUAAGAAAGGUUCAAACAACUUCCCCUCAAAUGUCAGAAGCUUGCUAUCAACUGGCAUUUUAGAUGGGAUAUCUGUGAAGUAUGCUGCGUGGUCACGAGAGAAGGAGCUCCGUGGUGUGAUUAGAGGUUCUGGAUAUUUAUGCGGCUGUCAGUCAUGUAAUUUCGCGAAGGUAAUUAACGCGUAUGAAUUUGAACGACAUGCUGGCUGCAAGACCAAACACCCGAAUAACCACAUAUACUUCGACAAUGGAAAGACCAUCUAUGGGAUUGUUCAGGAACUCAGGAGCACACCCCAAAAUAUGUUGUUUGAAGUCAUGCAAACUAUUACUGGUUCCCCAAUCAAUCAAAAAUCCUUCCGUCUCUGGAAAGAGUCAUAUUUAGCUGCAACCCGAGAACUUCAGCGUAUAUAUGGGGAGGAUUAAGGGAAGCAAUUGUCAUAAGCUCUACCUUGUCUAAACUAUUAUGUAGGAACCCUUUUCCUUCUGCGGGGAAGUAUGCUUGAGGCGGUACUGAUCAGGGUGUGGUUCUCGAAGCCCCUUUUUGUAACAACUUUUUGUCCACUAAACAAGAGUUGUGAUUUGCUCGCACUGAGUCCUUCAGUUUGCAAGGGCAGUUUUACCUGGAUAAGUGUCUGCUAAACUUAUCCAACCAUGACAGCCACAUCUAGAAGUUCCACCAAUUGUCAUGAUUUGGUUUUAUUCAGCUUUCUGGGGUUAACUUAUGGCCGACCCUAGGCAAUGGAAAGGAAAGUUUUGCUCAUGCAGCUCUCAUGGUUGAUGUUCAGUGCGGGAAAGUCAGCAUGGCAUUGGAAUGUCGAAAACAUUCUGAGAUCAAAUGAAUUCUUCUCUACUUUCCCUACAGUUGUUGAGGUUAACAGGUGAGACUCAUUGGUUAUGAAAACCAUUUUGAUUA